AUGUCGACCACCUCCAAAGAAGGCCUGGACAAGGCUGUCGAGAUGAUCGAAGAGAUGAUGAAGGAGGACCUUCCUAACCUUGUAGACGAACGUCGUUUCCGCCGUAGAGAGCCAGAGAACUUUGAGCGCGACGAAUUUGGCAGACGCAAGUGGCCCGAAGAGAAGAUUUCCGUAGGUCUCGAGCCUAUCAGCGGCUUUAACUUGCGCGCACAGGUUGUCGGUCGCGGUGGCGACAACGUCAAGUUCAUCCAACAGGAGACAGGCUGCAAAGUCCAGAUCAAAGGCCGCGGUUCCGGCUUCAUGGAGCCAAACAGCGGACAAGAGAGCGACGAGCCCAUGUACCUCCACAUCGCGUUCGUAUACCCCGCCAUUCGUACCCUCCAAUUACUGACAGAUUGUAGUGGACCCCGUCCCGAGGGCGUAGCCCAAGCCAAGCAACUCUGCGACGAGCUCCUCGACAAGGUAAAGUCGGAUUACCACGCUUACAAGGAACGCCCUCCACCGAACCGUUACGGCGACCGAGAUGGCUAUGGCGGUGGACGACCGGGAUACGGCGAUCGUGGCGACCGUGGAGAUCGCGGUGACCGUGAUGGUCGCAGCCAGAGCUACGGAUACGGUGGAGGAAACGGAGGAGGCGGCGGCUACGGUGGCUACGGCGCUCAGGGUCAGAACGGUUACGGCGGCCAGGACACAAUCAUGUCUCCUGCUGCUGCGACGCCGACUGCUGAUGCUAACAACCAAGCCUACGAUGCGAAUGCAGCACAAGCAUGGAUUGCCUACUACCAGCAGAACCCAGAGGCUGAUCCUUACGCGGCCUACGGUGGAUAUGCAGCGUACCUCGCACUUCAGCAACAGCAGUAUGCCGCAUACUAUGCUCAGAACGGUUAUGGCCAGACGCAGUCGCCUGCUCCCGGUGCUGGCGCGGCUGCACCACCGCCGCCGCCGCCUUCAGAGCCAUCCGGCUACGCUGCUCCACCGCCGCCUCCACCGGCUGCAUCGCCUUCCAACUAUGGCGCCGUCCCUCCACCUCCCGGUUUGUAA